AUGAGCCUCGUCCUGCAGCGCCUGAACCUGAAGUCGAAAUGGCCUCCGCUCAACCAACCGUCAGACACAGGCAUCGAAAGCGUUCGACCACCAACACUGACAUUCAGCAAAGCAAACAUCGUCCCAGAAUUAGAAAACCGUCGAGCCGCGACUCCUUCAUACAAGCCGACAGUAGGUUCGUUGGUAAUCCAAAGAAAGCGCCACAUCACGUACCAGAACCUUGGCUUACCCUGCCCUCGAACGUGCAACUGUCGGUCAGUCAUUUACUCCAGUCAUCUCAAGUGA